UGGGAGGGGCGUCUCGGGCCCUUUUUCUGGCCCCAAACAUGUCCUGUAGCUGCCCGUUGGACACCAUGUCCCUCAUCGGUAUGGUGGCAAGGUACACCAUGGCACUUUCCAACAACUACAUCUGCCCUGUCCACAACUGGAAUUACAAUCAAUCGUGCGGUGUGGAUGGCCCUGUCUCCUGCUGCACACUGAACCAUAUCCCCCUUGUCAGCAAGUGUGGCACCCUGCCUCCUGAGAGCUGCUUCUUCAGCCUCAUCUGCAGCCUGGGCUCCUUCAUGGUCAUCCUGGUGGGGCUACUGCGGUACGCCCACCUCCUGGAACGCCUUGGGCCAUCUCUCCUCAACACCUUGGGGCUGGCCACUGGCUGGGUCUGCGCUGCCGGCCUCACCAUGGUCGGCAACUUCCAGGUGGAUCAUGCCAAGGUGUUGCACUACAUUGGGGCGGGGGUGGCCUUUCCUACCAGCAUGCUCUUCCUGCUCCUGCAGUCCAUCCUCACCUACCGCAUGGCCAAAACCCGUGGGCAGUACUGGACCGGCCACUUACGUAGCAUCCUCACUGCUGUGGCCUUCCUCACCCUUGUCUUCAGCGGUGUGUUCUUCAUCCAGGAGAGCUUUGUGCUGCAGCACGUGGCUGCCCUGUGCGAGUGGAUGUUCAUCAUCGAUGUUCUGGUCUUCUAUGGUACCUUCACCUUUGAGUUUGGGGCCAUCUCCACAGAUACCUUCCUGGUCCUGCUGAAAGCCAGCCGAGCCCCUAAAAGUUACAAGGGUGAGAGCAGCGUGUCCAGCACAGCCCACAUCCACAGCCAUGCGGAGGGCCUGGCUAUGGCCUGACCCCCACAGGAGGCAGGCUCAUGGUGGGGACUCCCAAAUCAGGCUCUGUCAGUGACUCCCCUGCCUUGAAUGUCUCUGAGACCCCAGCUGCCUCGGGAUGUGUGUGUGCAUGUGUGUGCACGCGUGGGUGUGCAGUGCCCUCUCCUCCUGGUGGGAGCUGCAGCUAAGGCUCCUUGAGCAAAUGAAGCCCACUGCAGGAGCUGCCCCUUCCCUGCCCGCAAGGUUUGGGGUCACUCCUGGGGUGCAGAGAUGCCAGCUGGGUGCUGCUAUUGGCAGCGCUGGGAUCUGCCCCUGAGCCUCAGUGGUUCCCCAUCUGAGUUGAGGGCUGUCACAGGCAAUCCUAUAGAGGCCCCCUUCUGUAAGGGAUGUGGGGGAACCGGGGGCUCACCCUCCCCUCACCACACAAGCCUGGUGUGCUGGGGAGUGGGGGUUGCCACUUCUCCCUCCUCCACAGCCACGGAGAUAGGGUUCAGCAGAGCAAGACUUCCAGCUGGCCUCUGUGACUGUCAGAGGAGCCAAAAACCCAAAGUGCCUUUUCCCUUUCUUGGGAAGUGAUAACAGUGCCAGUCUGCACCCCCAGUGAGGGUGGCAGCAGGGGGUCUCUCCCUGCCAGCCCAGGGAGGGGUGGUGCCUUGCACUGCUGCAGGAUGACACCAGCAGUGCCGGUUGGAGUGCACUGGCCCUCCCAGCCAGGGCUCUCGCUGCUCAGGGCCUUCCAUGCCUCCAGCCAAUGACUUUUCCACAUUUUUUUAUCUUGGAGGAGAAUUGCUGACACGUUUCCAUGCUCCCCAGUGGUCAACUAGGUUAGGAAAUGGGUCUCUGUGUUUACUGUCCCACUGGGGAUGUCCUGCAAACACAGCGCCCGCAGAGCAGCGGAUUUCCCCUCCAUAGCGCUGCCAACCCAAGCUGUCCCAGUGAGGAGCGUGUGUGCCCCAGCCCCAGUCUCCCAGCCCGGGGGUGGGUUACUGCUAGCCCUCCACCUGGGGAGCGCAGGCACAGAGAGGGGAAGCAUAUCUAUAGGAACAAGGGAAGCCCGUGCCCCCUUCUGCUGGAACUCCCAAAUCCGUCCUCUGGUGCCUUCCCCAUGGCUCAGCCCUGCCAGCGCCAGCCUGCUGAGAGCCCGUCCUACUCAGCCCCAGCCUCCCCGGGCUGAGCCCCAGCCUGGGGCGGCCUGGGAAGGGUGUUGGGGUGGAGGGGUGGGAUGUAGAGGGGGAUGAAUGCAUCUGUAUGUGUGUGUGUGUAUAGAUCUACAUAUAUAUACAUCUAUAUAUAAAUUUCCCUUGUCCCUGGA